UUCCAAAUUAUCAUCUCAAAUUCAAAUCAAACCCUAAAUAAUAGUCAAUCACAAAUUUUCAAUCGAAAAUGUCAGGUCGUGGUAAGGGUGGCAAGGGACUUGGAAAGGGAGGUGCAAAGAGGCACAGGAAGGUGUUGAGAGAUAACAUCCAAGGUAUCACAAAGCCGGCGAUUCGGAGAUUGGCGAGAAGAGGAGGUGUGAAGAGAAUCAGCGGUUUAAUCUAUGAAGAAACGAGAGGAGUAUUGAAGAUCUUUUUGGAGAAUGUGAUUCGUGACGCUGUUACAUAUACAGAACACGCAAGGAGGAAGACGGUGACUGCUAUGGAUGUUGUUUACGCUCUCAAGAGACAGGGAAGAACUUUAUAUGGUUUCGGAGGUUAAACAAGAAGAAGAAGAAGUGUUCUUUACCUUCUUCUUUUGUACUGUGUAAUUUGAAAAAAAUGUGAUUUUCGUUUUGUUUAUGACAAUGAUUAGGUUUAUGUAGAACUCUUGUAAUGCUGAAUGAAAUUGAUGUGUAUUCAGUAAACCCUAAAUUUAAAGUUGAAAUCAAAAUGAAGCAGUGAUUUUCUUAUUUAA